AUCGCCGCUUAGUCGCUCCCAGCAUCAUCCAGUGACCGACGAAACUCCGUCGGCAAAGGCAUCAAUUGGUUCGCUUUCGUGGCUCGAAUUGGAGGCUCACAUUUCCCGCUGCCGUCACUCGCAGCCAUCGGCGCUCGUGCCACACGCAGCACACGACUUGUGCCGAGCAAGCACCACCCAACUAACACUGCGUAACCUCACACUCCAUCCCUCCCUGCUGCAAUUCACGCGCGAAUUCGCUCGACUUAGGUCUCUACCACCAGCUUCUCCAGCAACCCGCUUGCGCUAUUCAUGAAUGCAGACCAGCGUUAGCACCACUUGCACGAGCUAAGCAGCGCAAAGUCCGGGAGUCAGGGCGCAGCGUAGAGGGGUGUUGCGCGUGCGAUGUGGCCCGACUGUUACCCUCCCAGGCACAACUUCCACAACGGCGCUGUCGGCGCUGCUCCCGGCGCGCAUGGCCCGUACGGUCGAAUUCAGGGCGCUCACCAGUUUCACGCCGCUAGGCAGCAGCAGCAGCAGCAGCAGCAGCAGCAGCAGCAGCAGCAGCAGCCGGCCAGUUAUCCCGGAUUCAUGAACGGUAACUUCCAGCCGUCGUUCGCGUGCCAGUCCGCGCCCACCUCUCCGUCCAAGCCCCUACCCGUCGCCCGGCGAACAGGCAGCGGCGAGGCCGCCCCAGCAGCGUCGGAUGCGGGCAGCGCGUACGCAGAGAGCAGCGCGUCCGGCGACGACGAGAGCACCGCGGGGUGGAGCAUGGCGGGCGACGACGGCCGGUCGGGCGACGCGUUCCACGUCAUCCACAAGGUCCCCGUCGGCGACUCGCCUUACGUCCGCGCGAAACACGUCCAGCUGGUGGACAAGGACCCGGUGCGCGCGAUCGCGCUGUUCUGGUCGGCGAUCAACGCGGGCGACCGCGUGGACAGCGCGCUCAAGGACAUGGCCAUCGUGAUGAAGCAGCAGAGCCGCCCCGAGGAGGCGAUCGAGGCGAUCCGGUCGCUGCGGCACAAGUGCUCGGAGGUGGCGCAGGAGUCGCUGGACAACGUGCUGCUCGACCUCUUCAAGCGCUGCGGGCGCCUCGACGACCAGGUCGCGCUGCUCAAGCACAAGCUCGACAUGAUCCGCCAGGGCGUCGCGUUCAACGGCAAGCGCACCAAGACGGCGCGCUCGCAGGGCAAGAAGUUCCAGGUGUCCAUCGAGCAGGAGGCGACGCGGCUGCUGGGCAACCUGGGGUGGGCGUACAUGCAGCAGGGCAACUACGUGGCGGCGGAGUCGGUGUACCGCAAGGCGCUGCGCGUGGAGGCGGACAGCAACAAGGUCUGCAACCUCGGCAUCUGCCUCAUGAAGCAGGGCCGCAUCGUCGAGGCGCGCGCGCUGCUCGAGUCCGUGUCGCCCAACAGCGACCCGCGAUGGGGGUCCGAGUCGCACAUCAAGUCGUACGAGCGCGCGCAGAGCAUGCUGGUGGAGCUCGAGACGUCGGCAGCAGCGGCCGAAGCCAGCAAGGACGGCUCUGCUGCCAACUGCGGCAACGAUGCCAGCGCCGUGCCCCAGACAGCGGAGGGUAAAUCCGCGGGCUCCACCUCCUCGUCGGACAAGGACCCGCAGGUCAAGCCCGCCUUCCACGGCGCUCCCGGUGGCGCACGCGGCAUGGGCGGUAUGGGCAUGGGCAUGGGCUUGGCGCGCAGCUCGUUCCAGCGGCACUCGUCGUACCUGUGCGAGUUCCUGGGCGCCCCCGACACGUGGGACUCGCUCAUGGCGGACGGCGGCGCCAGCGGGGGGAGUGCACCUGCGGAGGGAGCGGCGGGCGCUGCUGGCUCCGCGGGAGCAGCUCCGCUUGCCGCGGCUGGCGGCUCUUUGGCCAUCGCGGGCAUGCAGUCGCGGGGACCGCCGGAUGCGCCUCAGCAGCCGCAGCAGCAGCCGCAGCGGCAGCUGCAGGCGCCAAUGCAGGGCAUGCGGAGGCCGCCAGCAGCGGGCGCAAUGGCGCGGACGAUGAGUCUGGGCGGGGGGUGCAGCAACCCCCUCGCGCGCUCCAUGAGCUUCGGCGGCGCGGAUCCGCGCGGGCUGUCGUGCCUCAAGCCCAACGCGCCCGAGUUCAUGCCCGGCUCGUUCGGCCCCGUUCCGGCUCCCCCCGGUCACGGCUCCGCCCCGCCCUUCAUGCACGGCGACGGUCGGCGCACACUCACCGCGUCCCGCUCGCUUCCGCCGCUGCAGAUCCCCUCGGCGGGGUUCGGGCUGGCAGUGGCGUCGCCGUCGCUGGUGUCGCCGCUGGGGCCCAUGUCGAGCGGCUCGCUGUCCUGCGGCUCCAGCAUGGGCGGCGCGCCGUGGGACGACGGGCUCGUCAUGUCCGCAUUCGACAACGACGACGACGUGCUCUGCGAAAUGGUCAACGACAGUUACCAGCCGUCCGCUGCGGCUAUCUCCGUCGCGGCGGGGGUGUGGGCCUCGCAGAAGCCGCCCACCACCGCGCACUUCGGCGCAGCAAUGCGCAAGGUCGGGGGAUUCCCGGCGCCCGGGCAGCGUGCGGUCUUCAGGGGCACGGAGAACGUUCCGCAGUACAUGGCGGGCGGGGCGCCCAUAGGCGCGGGCGGGCCUGGCGCUCGGAGGCCUCUGGUGCUCGGAUGUGAGAACCCCGCGCCCAUGGCGGCGAAGGCGCAGAUGGUGGCGGGCGGACUGAUGGGCGGAAGCACCGUGGGCAUGCAGAUGGGCGCGGAGAUGGGCGCAGGCAUGGGCAUGACGACCGUGAUGGGCGAGCGCACCAACCUGGAGCCCCCCGCCCAGUUCAUGGGCGCGUGGGGGGCUGUGGCGCAGGGGAAGGGCGCUUGGGGGAUGGCAGGGGUGGGCCUGGUUGAGGCGGAGGAGAAGGCGAAGCAGCAGCAGCAGAUGGUGGGGGCCGCAGAGGUGGGCGGAUCAGGGAUGAAGAGGAACCGAGUGCCGACUCCAGUGAAGGCCGCUGCGCCCAAGGGCGAGCGGCGCGGCGAGGAGGAGGGGGACGUGAGUGGGGCGCAGGAGGGAGGCCCGGUGGUGCCAAAGGCUCUGUGGGAGAUGCUGGGGUUCACAGGCAGCCCGGACAAGCUGCUGCUGGAAGAGCUCAAGGGCAAUGACUCCGCCAAGAAGCUCAUGGGCGCCGCUGCGCCGGGAGAGAGGCAGCAGGGCAGCGAGAGGCGCACAUUGUUUGCUGACUGUGGUGAUGCUGCUGCUGCUGCAGUGGCGGGCAGUGGUGCGGCUGCCACCACUCUGACCAGUCCCACUGCAGGCAGCUCCCAUGUGGAAGUCAAGAGGCCCCGCCGCCUCCGCAUCUUCCAGGAAAUGACAUACGUUGGCGCAGCUGCAUAAACAGCAUGCAGACUGAACUGCCGCAACUGACCCAUAUGCUGAAUUGCCAUAACUGGCUUGAUGAUGAAUGGUAAACCCUCGUCCUCUCGCGGAUGUAGGCAUAGAUGAGACCAGCUCACCUCAUGACAGCUUGUCUAAUGAGGUAAGUGCCACACCUAGAGUUUCCCAUCUCUUGGUUGACACAGUCAACUGUUGUUUGAUCAUUGUAGAGCCCAAGGGCAUAUAGUGAUACCCAUAGCUUUAUUAGGUACUAGCUUUACUUGUAGCAUGCAGACUCAAUUACUGGUAAAAUCUCUGUUUUUGCCAUACUAUAGUCAACUAUGUUAGUUCCUACA